AUGAGUCGUCCCCAGACAUAUGAUGAGCAGGACGUGGACUCUGACUCCCUCGCACAAUUAAAACUUAAGGACCUAGAUGGGCCGGCAGGGGAUGGAGGAGGUGGAGGAGAUGAGCUUCUGUGGAAGACCAGCAGAGGCAAGUCCACAUCCAAGGUGUCUGCUAUGGCCAAGGCAUUUGCUGAAGCUGGGAAAGGCUCCAGCAGUGAAACUUCACUUAAGAAAACAUCACUUGCAUCCUACCCAACCCAUGUGAGAGUAGAACCAUCCAGGCCGAGCUCUAUCACCUCGAGUGCGAUGUCCAUGAAGUCUGAUGUCUCGAAGGAGCCAGAUGUUAACUUCAGAGAAUCCAGAUCCAAAAAGUUUCCGGCAUCUCAUGUGAGGGACACGUCUCCAGUAGCCAGUGUGAUGUCUAUGGUGUCCAGAGCCUCUAGUCCUAUCCAGUUCUCCUCUGUCACGUCUGACUCCGUGUCUCUGAGCUGGGGCUGUCCAGCUGGCCUGGAGACACCUCAGAGGUUUAGAGUGGUGUGGGGGUGUGGUGGAGAGAAUAGGAGUCUGGAGGUGGAAGGCCUGAGUGUUGAUGUUGAGGGUCUGCAACCAGGAAAGAAGUACAACUUCUCUGUGGUGACCCUUAGCAGUGAUGGCAGCCAGAGUCCCCCUGUUUCAACCUCCGUGCAAACAGAGGUCCCUCAACCAGAGAACCUGACGGUCGUCACCUGUUCCUCAUCUGCAACUGUGAAAUGGACUAAACCAAAGGGGCUGAAUGAGGCUUCAUUCAGCAUUGGUGCAACUAAAAAUAACUUUCUUCAGGCUUUGGGACUUUUCGAACAUCAGGAAAACAAACUUACUCUCAACUCGGUGUUGGAAAUAAGCCAUGAUUCAAUUUUCAAACAAUCUUGUGAGUGCAUGAAAGAUCUCCCACUGUAUGUUCUCAGAAAGCUUAUGUGGUGCAGUGCAUCAAGCAGUUGUGCAAGUGUUUGUGAUAGAAAAACAGGUGUGGUUGAAAAGGUCAAUCCUCUUGACUUGCUCACAGCCAUUGUUCAUUGCUCAGAUCCUUUCCUUCAACAGACACUGUUUUCAAAAAUGUCCCAGUUUCAGCUAGCUGUCCCCUUGUUGUUGCCUAACUGUGACGCACAGCAGAGCACACUCAUGCUGUGGGCACUGAGGGACAUUGUUAAGAAAUUUAAAUCGUACACUUCAGGGGAUCAAAGAGGCUCAGUGGAAUGCAGGAUUGCAACAGCCGACAUGCAAUUAGUGUCUUUUGUAAGACUAGGCAAGAAUAGUAUGUCAAAGUCCUCAUGCCUGAGUAAUAUCAUUGGCCAGUCUCAGCAGUGCAGCAGUACAUUUCUACAUUACAACAUGGAGUGUGGAAAUGUUCCCCGUAAGAUCUCAGAUGGUUUGGUGGAGAUCAGCUGGUUCCUCCCUUCUGGGAAGAAGAACAUUGACAUGUUCCAGCAGCCCAUUGCUUUUGCUAACCUGAGAGGCGACAUCAGGAUGUUUGAAGCACAAUUCUCUUUCCUUUGUCAAACAUCUGCUGCUGUCUUUGUCUUCACAAAUGAUUCAUUGAGCGAUCUUAGCAUUUUGAGAAAGACAGACCGAACUUCCCAACUCUGUCUGGUGAUCGCAGCACAGACCAGCAAGUCUGAAAAAGAUAUCUUAGCUGAGGUAGGCACAGGAAAUACAAAAGGUGUCAAUGUGAUCUUAAAAGGCAAUCAGAACGAUGCUGAGUUCAACGCUACUUUGCGGAAACACACAGCUGCCAUUAUUCAGAAAGAGAACCGUCUCAUAUCUGUGCAAACAAUGGCAGAUAUUGCUGUAAAGACCGGUUUGCUCAUAGAUGAACGUUGCCCAGAGUGCGAGAAAGGUCAAGAGUUGGCUACCAAAAUUAUUAGUGGGAUCAAAGACAUAACCAAAUUCAAAGCUGACGUUUUGUCACGCCAGGGGCACAUGUGGAAAGAAAUAAGUGGAUUAGAAAGGGAACAAUGCCAGUUAAAAAAUCCAAGACAAGGAGACAUUGAGCAACACAAGAGUAGCCUCAACAAAGAUGUGAUCAAUCUCAGGGCAAAGCAGAGAGAGGUAGCAAUGAGCAAGUACAUCAAAUACUUCAUUGAUGGAAUAUCAAAACAGGGGACGGAAAGAAACUAUUUCUUAAAAUCAUUCAGGAUGAUGUUAGACAGCCUGACACAAAACAAAAUGUCUGAACUGAAAGAGAAGUAUAAAUGUGCUCUUAAGCAGUCUCCUAAAAAUAAAGAGGAAAUCCAGAGACUAGAAGAAGAAAUAUCUCUGUGCUCACUUGGACUGGAACACUUCUUUAGAGAAUUAGGACAACUGUAUGAGUCAACGUCUCCAGGCUCACCAAGGGCCAAGGAACUGCAACACCUGCCUGUUGUGUGUGCACAGUUACUGCUGGAAGGAUUCCCUCUGGAGCUGCUCGACGGAGAUGCUUCAAACAUCCCUCAGAGGUGGAUUGAAGACAUUUUUAAAAGUCUCUGUGACAUGGUGAAGCCAAACUGUUUGUUGUCGGUUGUGACGAUAUUGGGAGUUCAGAGCACAGGGAAGUCUACUCUGCUAAAUACUAUGUUUGGUAUUCAGUUUGCAGUCAGUAGCGGGAAGUGCACCAGAGGAGCCUUCAUGCAGCUGGUGAAAGUAUCAGACAGUUCCAUCCAAGAGCUGAAUUGCAAGUAUGUUAUGGUCAUUGAUACAGAGGGACUCAAAUCACCUGAGUUGGCAGAGCAAGUAGACAGCUAUGUACAUGAUAAUGAGCUAGCAACCCUUGUGAUUGGGCUAAGUGAUGUUGCGAUCAUAAACAUUUCAAUGGAAAAUGUAACAGAGAUGAAAGAUAUUCUGCAGAUUGCUGUCCAUGCGUUUCUUAGGAUGAAGCAAGUUGGCAAGAAACCCAGAUGCCUGUUUGUGCAUCAGAAUGUUCCGGAUGUUGCAGCCCAUGACACCAAUUUGAGGGACAGACAAAAAAUGGUUCAGCAACUCAACGAGAUGACAGAAGCAGCUGCCAGAAUGGAGAAAAUAAAGGCCAGCAAAAGCUUCACUGAUGUGAUGGACUAUGAUCCUGAGAAAGACAGUUACUACAUCCCUGGCCUUUGGCAGGGGACUCCCCCUAUGGCAUCCGUCAGCGCAGGCUACAGUGAGGCAGUGUGUGAAGUGAAAAGGGGCUUGAUAGAUGCACUGAGUGAAAUUCCGAACAGACAGGAUUUCCUCCAGUUCUGGGAGCUCACAAAGGAAUUGUGGCAAACUUUAAGGUUUGAAAACUUUAUCUUCAAUUUCAGGAACAGCAUUGUGGCAGAAGCCUACUCAAAACUAUGUCAGGAGUGGGAUAAAUGGGAAUGGGCAUUUCAGAAGGAAAUGUACAACUGGAGUCUAAAGGCAGAAGUCCAAAUCUAUAACUGUGGAAUUUCAGAUCCAGAUUUUGAGAUACCAUCCUUAAAUGCAUUGACGUUAGAGGCAUCAAAACAGCUUGAUAAAGAGGAGAAGAAACUUAAAGAUUCUCUGAAGCAAUACUUCGAUAAACAAGCAAGCAAUAAGUCUCUGAUUGAAAAUUACAGAGCAGAAUUUGAGAUUAGCGUUAAGUCACUAAGGCGAAAAACAGAGGCCUCAAUGGUAAGCAGUCUGAAAGCUGCUCUGGAUGUCCAGAAUGCAAAGCAACAUCUCAGUGCAAUCAACAACACCCAGUCACAAACCAUAGAAACCAAGGUUUUGGAUUUACUUAAUUCUUUCAAAGGUAAGGAUUCUGGUAUUUGUGAUGACAUGUUAAGGAAGGAGUUUGAAAAGAUGUGGACAAAAACACAGUCUGUGUUUCCGUACUAUGAAUUACCCAGAAAGAAUGUGGCAGAUGAUGCCUUCCAAAUACUUCAGGAAGAUUAUAAAAAGGAACAUUUACAACAGCUUCUCCAUACCAUUGACGAGGAAAUAGAGAAACAUGACAUCAAACAUGAUGAUGAAUUGGAGGCAUGCCUGAAGAUGCACAUUUUUGGCAUAGCCAUAACUGAGUUUCAGAAAAUGCACAAUAACUUCAUUGAUCAAAAUGAUCCCCAGAUUUGCUUGGAGCGGGCAAAAGAAAAAUUUCUGUCUGAAUUUGUGAACCUGUAUCGUGACCGAGAUCAAUGUCAGAGAAAAGCGGCGGAGUUUGCUAAAAACUGUCUGGCACCUGCGAUUUUUGAUUACGUGACAAAGAGAAUCGGACCAGAAAUUGUUGACGAGAUGAAGACUGGGCACGAUGCCAUUAGUCUGAGCACUCGAUCCUCAUUCCAGUACAAACUGCUCAGUGAGCUGCUGGAGAAAAAUAAUUAUAAAGACUAUAGGAAAUUCAUAAAGCGAUAUGAGACCUUUGUCAAAGAUUGGAUAUUUGAGCAAGUGGUGCGAACGAUGUCACGGGGCAACAUAUUGCAGCAAAAGGAGAAAGCCCUCAGUAGUGGUGUCUUGAAAAAGGUCAAUGAUGUAGUUACAUCUUUUAUAAGCAAUCCAAGCAGAAAGGUGAAAAGUGUACGGGAUUUCAUCAAGUACAUCUGUGGUAAACUGGACCUUAUUUUGCCUGAUGACGCUUUGCAAGAUUUCAUGAUCAUGAACAGCACAUUUCAGACGAGAACGAAAGAGUUUGCUAGCCAUCUUAAAGAAUACAUUGAAGACUCAUUGACCACCUCAGGUCCACUGAACUUUCGGUAUUCAAAAUUGGGGGAAGUCAAGCAGAGGUUGCGAUCUCUUACCCUGAAGCCGCAAGAGGUGUUGUUUGAAGCGUUGUUUGGCUGUGGGAAGCGAUGUCCCUUCUGCACAGCACCAUGCGAAGCUGGCGGAAGUGAGCACAAAAUCCAUUUCUCCAGCAUUCACCGCCCUGAAGGCACAAACGGAUGUCAUACAUUUCCGUCAAAAGCUGUAAAAACAGACAUUUGUUCCUCCAGUGUCAUCAGUGAUAGUACAUUCUGUAGCAAGGAAACCAACUGGAAGUUCCAUCCCUACAAGGAAUACAAGACGUUCUACCCUGAAUGGGAUAUACCUGGCGAUCCAACCCUUCAAGCCACUGCCUACUGGAAAUUCUUCAUGGCAAACUUUAAUGAAGAGAUUGCAAAGGACUAUGACCUUAACCCUGCGAUCAUACCUGAUGAUUGGAAAUUGCUGACACAAGCUGACGCAUUGAAGAACUUACAACAGGCCUUUCACAAAGUACAAACACCUCUUUAA